GUUCAGGUGGUCGCUGCUCAGCUGGAGAACCCUCCUCAGAGGCUUCACAGAAAAAUGGCGCAGAAAAAGAAUUCAAAAACUCAGUCAAAAAAAGAGACAAAGACGGUGCCAGUUGACAACAAGAAUGGAAGAAGGUUCGAUGGAGGAGCAGCAGCAGGAGGAGGAGGAGGAGGAGGAGAAGGAGGUCCUAAGUACUCAAUGUUCACCUGGUUCGUGGUUCUGGCUCUGCUGGGGGUCUGGAGCUCUGUGGCCGUGGUUUACUUUGAUGUGGUGGACUACGACAGCGUCCUCGCAAGAGCUCAGGAGUUUCGUUUGAACUUUUCUCAAGUUUUACAAGGUAAGCUGGCGUCCUACGACACCAACGGAGAUGGACACUUUGACAUGGAAGAUGCUAAAGUUCUGCUCGGUGAGAAGAGAGGUUCUGACAGGAAACAGAGGAGAGGAGAAACUUCAGAACAAGCUGCAGACACAAAGAACACAACCGCAGGACUGAAGGAAGCACCGAGGACUGAAGCUCCGCCUCCACACACAACAGAACCAGAGACUCAUCGAGCUGCAGAGCUACAGGACGAUGGUCCGGUCCAGGACCAGGACCAGGUCCCGUCAGCUGAAACCCCCCCUGAAGAGGCGGGGCCAGAAUCUGGAUCUCAGGAUGUGGAGUCUGAAAUCCAAGCUGCUGUUCCUCUCCCUCCACCAGUGGAAGAUGACUUUAUUCCUGAUCAUCCAGGAGACAGCCGACAUCCUUAUGAGGAUGAAACCACCACCAUAGACACCACAGGAGUUCUGGUAGAGGAACGACAGCCAGAGGAGAGCCUUGUCGGGUCGGGUCAGUACCUGACAAGCUCCAAACUCACACAAGAAGAAGGAGUUAAAGAAGCAGAGGAGCUUCCUAAACCAGAACCAGAACCAGAACCACAGACUGAGACCAUCAAACCCACAGAGAACCUUCAGAAUGAUGACGGACAAGCAGAGAAACAGGCUGAGGAGCUGAAGGAAAAAGUAAAGAAGAAAAAAACAAAAUUAUUCAAUAAGUUGGAUAAAACCAUAAAAGCAGAAAUCGARGCAGCUGAGAAACUUCGCAAGAAGGGAAAGGUGGAAGAUGCCCUGAAAGCGUUUGAUUCCCUUGUGCAGCAGUAUCCGCUGAGCCCACGCGCUCGCUACGGGAAAGCCCAGGCGGAGGAUGACGCAGCAGAGAAGCUGCGCAGCAACGACAUGCUGCAGAAAGCCAUCAACACCUACGGAGAUGUGGCUGAGCUGCCUGACGUGACCUCUGACCUCCUGCGAGCGGCGCUGAAACGGCGCUCUGAGCGGCAGCAGUUUCUCGGUCGAAUGCGAGGAUCUCUGGCAACUCUGCAGAAACUCGUACAGAUCUUUCCUGAUGAUGUCGACCUGAAGAACGACCUGGGCGUCGCCCACCUGUUGCUAGGUGACAACAAGGGCGCUAAGAAGGUGUACGAAGAGGUUCUGGCUGAUGRUCCUGACAACGGCUUUGCUAAAGUUCACUAUGGCUUCAUCCUGAAGGCGGAAAACAAGAUCGCAGAGAGUAUACCGUACCUGCGGGAAGGGCUGGAGUCAGGUGAGCCGGGGACAGAUGACGGGCGCUUUUAUUUCCACCUGGGAGACGCUCUGCAGCGAGUCGGAGACGACAGCGCGUAUCGGUGGUACCAGUUGGGUCACGAGCGCGGUCACUUCGCCUCGGUCUGGCAGCGCUCUCUGUACAAUGUGGACGGACUGAAGGCUCAGCCCUGGUGGACCCCCAAAGAGACAGGGUACUCGGACCUGGUGAAGAUGCUGGAGAGGAACUGGAAGACCAUCAGGGACGAAGCUCUAGCUGUGAUGGACCGGGACAAGGGACGGUUUGUCCCUGAGGAGGAGAACCUCAGAGAGAAGGGAGACUGGGGCCAGUACACGCUCUGGCAACAAGGGAGGAAAGUUGGGUCUGCCUGUCAGGGGGUCCCAAAGACCUGUGCCCUGAUUGACCGGUURCCUGAAGCCACAGGCUGCAAGAGAGGACAGAUAAAAUUCUCCGUGAUGCAGCCAGGAACCCACGUCUGGCCCCACACCGGACCCACCAACUGCAGACUGAGGAUGCACCUGGGCCUCGUCAUCCCCAAACCAGGCUGCCGGAUCCGCUGCACCAACCAGACCAG